CAGUCGCUCGCCGGACGCGACGCGCCGCGCACGUUAUGCUCCGUGUGUGAGUGUAAAGUGUAGUGGGGCAGAGGCCCAUACGUUCGAAAAUAGAAAACGGAAAAAUUGACCCCCAAAUGGGAGUAUACGAAGAGAGGGGGGCGAUGCACUGGAAUAUUGUUUCAGCAACAGAGUGAGCGGUACCUAUCUUCGGCGUACGAGGCAGGGGCAGAGUUGUCGCCAGUCGCGCCCGCAGCAUCACCGGGUUCCCCCCGCGAUUGCACUUCGUGUCGCAAACGGGAACCACCAGAUGAACCUCCGCCACCGCCUCCAGAAGACGCAUGUGCAGGUUGCGGCGCUAGGAUAACAGACAGAUAUUACCUUCUUGCUCUAGAACGACGCUGGCACACUCCGUGCUUGAGAUGCUGCGAAUGCAAGAUGCCCCUUGACUCAGAACAGAGAUGCUAUGCGCGGGACAGUAAUAUAUUCUGCAAAAACGACUACAUCAGGUUAUAUGGAUCGAAACGGUGUGCGAGAUGCAACACUCCAAUAUCAGCGUCUGAGCUGGUGAUGCGGGCACGAGACCUCGUGUUCCAUGUGCACUGUUUUUCGUGCGCGCUGUGUAGCACGAGACUAACAAAGGGUGACACAUUCGGUAUCAGAGAUUCAGCUGUUUAUUGCAGGCUACAUUACGAAACGAUGCCAGAUUAUGGUCCUCACAUGGCAGUUCCGGGACCCCCCCAAAUGUGCCCUGGACCUUACGCGGGACCUCCGCCAGGUUCGCAUUAUCCUCCGUACCCAUCGCCCGAAUUUGCGCGGGUCGAACCCGAUGUUCCUAAAGGCCCUUUCUUCAACGGGUCAACAGCGCCACCGCCACGACAAAAAGGACGCCCAAGAAAAAAGAAACCCAAAGAUCAAGAACUCAUGACGGCAAACCUUGAUUUGAAUCCUGAGUACUUGGAGAUGGGUUUCCGCGGCGGUGGCGCUCUGGGGACCACGUCGCGCACAAAGCGCAUGCGCACCAGCUUCAAGCACCAUCAGCUACGCACCAUGAAGUCAUACUUCGCCAUCAAUCAUAACCCCGACGCGAAGGACUUGAAGCAAUUGAGCCAGAAGACUGGUCUUCCGAAAAGAGUGCUUCAGGUAUGGUUCCAGAAUGCACGAGCGAAAUGGAGACGCAUGGUCACGAAACAGGAAAACAAAAUGGCGGAGAAGUGCUCUCCGGACGGCUCGUUGGAGAUGGACAUGUACCACGGGCCGAUGGGCUCCAUACAGUCGCUACCUCCGCACAGUCCACCAUACAGUGUGAUGGGCGGCCCUCCGAGUCCCAACUCCAUGGAUUGUCCAUAGCCACAAUUUUGCGCUUUAUGAGCGCUCUGCAAUUGAACAUUUACAAUCGAAGUGUACACACAAUCAGCGCUCCAAAAGAAUUCUGUGAAAGUUUGUGGAACUUAACAGUGACACAGAUCACGUUGUAAUCUGUUACGGAAAUUUUAAAUACCAAGGACUACACAAAGUAAAGGUGGUAAUCUCUAAAGUGAUGCUAAAAUAAUUGUCCCAGUGUAAAAUGACAUGCAAUAAUAUUUACGUGUUUUUCGUUGUUUAGACAUUAAAUUGUACAUUGUUUUGUAGAAUAUCGACAAAAUAAUUUAUGCCAUUGAUAAAGUUGUUAUAAACAUUAGCUUGCAUGAUUGUAAUACGUAGCUCUAUAUCACGGAUAUGUAUUUACUUACAAUUUUCAUUUCGGAAUACUGAAGUUAAAAAAAUACGGCGUAUAGUUAUAUCCGUCCAUUUUGGAAAUUAAUAAAACACUUAUGGUAUGGCAUCGAGGCAUAAAACGUGGAUAAAAUAAAAACAAAAACAUUGAAGUUUAAUGCAGUUAUGAAAUAAAUGCAAUAAUAGUUCAAUUUUAAAUUUGCUUAAAUAUUUUUCUGCGAUGAACUAAAUAUGGCCCGCAAAGUUUUAAUGUUUUUAAAAAUUAUAGUACUAUAUCGAAAUAAAGUCAGUACAGUUAUAGCAAUUGGUCAUUGUUGCUUUUCUAAAUUGACAAUAAUUAUUUUAAAAAUAUAAAAUUAACUAGUUUAGUUAAGGUUUGGCAUGCGUUGAAUUGUUUUUGUCACACAAAAGUUUCAACACAAUAGGAUGAUUGAUGAUUCUUAGAUUGUGAAUAAAAAUAUGCAAUCAUAUUUAUAUACCUUAAAUAAGAUCAAGCGUAGUCACUGUAUCUAUCAAACACAUGUUCGUUGUCUAUAGCAAAUCAAAUAUACAUAAUUUAUUAAAUUCAAUUGAAGCAGCCACGACAUUUUUUGGAAUCUCUAAACGUGUUACAAUAAUAGACAUGUAAAAUAAAAGGACGUAAGUGUCCCCAUGCUAAGCAAAGACCUCUUACCGAGAAGGAUAUUAUUCCCUUAUUACCAUAAAUCACUAAAUUUAAAUUAUAUUUCAGAAGCUAAUUAUGAUUGCAAAUAUACGAACAAGUUUUAUGUAGAGGUAUGCCCAAAAAAGAGGUUUUAUUGUUUUUCGAUAAGGCAAAUAUUUAACUUGAAAAAAAAAACACCAUAACGUAUAACGAGAAUAUUAUUGAAAGUGCUAUUACACGCCUGUAAUGUCUAGAUCUCUAAGAAACAGAACAGACAUUUACAACCUAGACAAUUAAUUUUAUUAUAUUGUGGAUAUAACAUAAGAUUAACUUCUAACGCUUCUUAAAUGGAAGAGGUUAUAAUUUUUUUUGACUUUAUUGAAAUGAUAUGAUGGAAGAUUUUUUAAUUAAUAUAUACUAUUUAUUUAUUGACUCCUAUAUUUAAUUUAGUAUGUAAGGUACAGUAGGUGAAUAUGAAAAUUUCCAUAGUAAGAUAGUUUAGUGUUAUACAGAUUACUUAUAAGAGUUUUUAAAAAAUGUUCAGUAAUAGACUGUUCCAUGAGUAAAGAAUUUAUAUACAAAAUUUUCAUUGAUACAUUCUCUCUCAUGAAAACUUGUGAUUUCAACGUUAAUUACGUUUAUAAAUCUUAUUGUGUUACUGAUUAAAUUUAUAAGACGUACAUACGAUUGUCAAACAAAUUACCAUUAAAAACAAUAAAUAACUUAAUAUUUUCGAGAGAGUAAAGUAUUGUUUUUUAAAUUAUAUUUUCAAAUAAUACUUAUUUAAAAACAUAAUUUAAUGAAAAAAUACAUAAACAACAUUCAUGGUAUAACUAAUAAAUUUAAAAUUUAAAAGAUUUUUAAUAUUAAUAAAAAUGUUCCGUAAAAUGUAACAAUAGUUUUAGAGUAAGAAUAUAUUAUUACAUUUGAGCUAAGUACGUGCACUCGUAGUUCCUCUUUGUAUAAACUUAAUAUUUCUUAUUAAAAUAUUUACAUGUAAUAUCGUAUGAUUAUAGCAAAUGCAAAAUAUAUCUCAAAUAGGGAAAAUUAAGUAGUAGUAACGUUAGUAGUAUUUAUUUAUAUUUUUUACCAUCAAGACAUAAUUACAGCACCUACUGAAAUCACAAUCAAAUUCUUUCCUUUUUUAAAUUUCAAGAUCACGCAGUUAAUUUCAAAUAACAGUAGGUUUUUGUUUUGUAUCCAAUCAAUAGGCAAUUACACUAUAAAGGCAAAACUGUAACAGCUUAAGGUGAAAGUUCUUAAUACGGAUUAGCAAUAGCCAUUAAACUGGAUAAAUUAUUCACGUGUCUAAAAUUAUAAAGAUUUGUUAAUAAAAAUAUUUCCAACCUACGA